UUCUAGAGCUAUAAAUAAUGCGCAGACGAAGCGUUCAAUGUAUUGGUUUCUGUGUGGAUAAACACUACUCGUGGUGUGACUGAAAAAGAGGCGUGGAUUUGCUGUGCUGGUGCACUUCCCGUGAUUCAAUCAGUCGAAGCUCGAAGUGGAAGUUUCUCAGCUCAGGCACGAUACGAUGCAAGGAGGGCUCUCGGCAAUCUUCUCACACGGUAGUGUGUUAAAGAAUGCUGUUUUGCGCCACGUCCGAGUGCUCCCUCCAUUGACACGCUCACUUGCGUUUGCGCGCCGCGAGUCGACCUCGGCUAUUAACAUCGAAGAGCACGGUUUCGAAUGCACUACGAUUUCCGAUGUUCUUUCCGCCAAAGGGAAGGCUGCGGAUGGGUCGUGGCUGUGGUGCACGACGGAUGAUUCUGUAUACGAGGCUGUGCAGUCGAUGACUCAGCACAAUGUCGGAGCAUUGGUGGUCGUGAAACCGGGAGAAAACAAAUCUAUUGCCGGAAUCAUCACAGAAAGAGAUUAUCUCCGGAAAAUCAUUGUCCAAGGGCGAUCAUCCAAAUCAACGAAAGUCGGAGACAUUAUGACCGAAGAGAACAAGCUUAUUACGGUCACGCCCGAUACUAAAGUCUUGAAGGCAAUGCAGCUAAUGACGGAUAACCGUAUUAGGCACAUUCCGGUGAUCGACGAGCGCGGAAUGAUAGGGAUGGUGUCGAUCGGAGACGUGGUUCGAGCGGUGGUGAACGAGCAUCGCGACGAGCUGAACCGUCUUAACGCCUUUAUUCAAGGAGGGUAUUAGAAGAACGGCGAUGUCGUGUAGUCGACCAGGCAUCGUCGAUCGUUGUGUGUAUAUAUAUAUAUGUUGGUUAUUUCUUUUGUUCGGAAUUUCUGGAGAUGUUGGAAUGCCUCCGAGAUGAACUCUUGUCUCUUUGCCAGUAACAUUUGCUACUUUUAUGCAUGCAUGUUAUUGUUAUAUCAUACUAACGGAUGUUUGUUUUGUAUAA